AAUUCUGCUGAAUUAGCACAUUCUGCAGUAAAGAUGGAGUUGUCAUUUCAAGAACUGAGUUUGUCUGGAGCUGUGCUUGCUUGUCUAGGCCUCUCCUCGCUCUUCGUUGUGAGUCUAUAUGUGGUAGAUCCAGGACUGUCGAGGAAUCAUCCAAAAACUGUUCGAAGAAGACUCUUUGCAAUUGUGGGUGUGUGUUUCUGCUCUCCACUUUACAUUUGGCUAUGCUCUGACACCCACGUCAAAGAUGGACAAUCAAUGUUGGAGUUACUGGGCGUGUAUACGUCAGAAGGACUAGUCAGAGCUUUGAUAGUUCCUUUGCUGCUUGUAUUGGUGUUGUAUGCAGGUCCAAUCGUCCAGUGUCUGAGUGAAGGAGACAACCCGUUUGAGCACAUUGCUGGAGAGAGAUGGGACCUGAUCAUCAGGAACUACAUGAUCGCACCAUUUGCUGAAGAGUUUGUAUUCCGAGCCUGCAUGAUGCCUCUGUUACUACCGACUCUAGGACCUUUGUGGACCAUUCUUUGCAGUCCUCUACUGUUUGGUCUGGCUCACGUUCAUCAUCUACUAGAUUGGUUUAGGAGAAAAGAUGGUACCUCAUUUAUGAAUGCCCUUCUUGGUGUACUACUACAAGUUGCCUACACCUCCAUAUUUGGAGUAUUCUCUGCAUUUCUCUUCAAUCGAAUGGGUCAUCUGGUCACUCCGGUGGCUUCCCACGUCCUCUGCAAUGCCCUGGGGCUGCCACCAUUUGAUACUCUGGGUUCACAUCAUCAUAGGAACAUUGUAGCUGCUGUGUAUGUGAUUGGAUUGUUAGUUUUUCUUCUGUUAUUAUGGCCUCUUACAUCAGCUAGUAUGGCUUUGUUUUAGUUACAAUGUACAUGACUGUGUGUAUAUUGCAAACUGUAUAGUUUUCUAUUUAUUAUCAUGAUUGUUUGUUUUUACUUAGUGUGACAAACAGUUCACAUAUUUUUAACAUUAAUAUUGAGCCAUUGUA